UGUGAAUUAUGAAUCCCCUUUAAAUAUACUAUUUAAGUUAACUUAUAGCAUAUGCGUAUAUUUUUAACAUUUUUUUUUUGUCCGUGUGACCAAAGGGAAGUAAACCCCCUAAGAGCCGUAAGAAAUUCAAGCGUCUGUUGAUCGUGCAUGAGAACAAGUGCUUGGUUAAUUGUUUGGUUCUCAAAUUUAUCUGCGUAUGGUGAUAGUUGCGGGACCAGAUUAUAUAGUUUCACUAUCCCCAAAGCGGAAAUUCGCGCGAAGGGCAAUCAGAAACUGUGCUUCACAACAACAUAAACAAUAUUAAACAAAAUGGCCGAAACCGUAAAUUUAUCUUAAAAACUUUUAAAUUAUCGGCCAAAACAAGACAUUUGUGAACUGUUUUCCGUGGCUUGACCCCAGAAAUUUCGAGCAAUUUGAGUUUAAAACGAUUAAACCAGGAUGAGUUAUUUGUAUGAUCUGUGCCUGCCUGUUGAAGUCAUUAGAGAGGUGGAAGAGUUCACAAUUGAUAAAGGAUGGAUUGCAGGUGCCUUCUUUCUGGGGUUGUUUAUCGGUGGAGGCCUUGCAGCUUGUCUCAUACCAACAUGCCUCAAAGACUGGGAAAAGAAAAAGAGACAAGAUGAAGAAGAGCUUAUAGAGAAUGACACUGCUGAUGCAGUAUACACUCCUGAAAAGCAAAAAUUGAAUGAAGAUGAAGAAUUUGGUGGACCGAAAAAGUCUAGAUUUGCUGCGGCAACGGCUUUCUUCAAGCGCAAAAAGAAUACUGGCAACCAGAACACAGAAACUAAGGAAAACAAAGGCUGGGUUCAACCAGAGAGUAAAGAUGAGGGUAAAACUCCAAACACUAACUCAGUUGGUAUAGUAACUAUACUGACAAAACCAAACAGUGGUGAAGCAGACGCAGAGUUGACAAAACAGGAUAUUGAUGAAAUGGACAGAUUGGAUAACAACCAGAAAGAUGACAAAAAUGAUAUGAUGCUUAAAAUGUUAAAAAUGAAGUUACGAAAGAUGAAGGGUAAAGGUCAAAUCGGUGACCCGUAUCUUGCUGACUUCACCCAGAAAAUCAUCGACACGCGCAAGAGUAAUGAUGAAAUCAUCGCCAUGGACAGGCAAGAAGGAGAGGAUGAAUUAAGAAAGAAACAUGGAAAGAACAAAGCAGCACUAGAAAAUGAAAUAGACAACUUGAAUAUUAAACUGGAGGCUAAGAGGAACCAGCUUCAGAAGGAUGAGAUGGAGAUGAUAAGAGGAGAACUGAUACGCACUUCUGGACUUUCAGAGGCUGAGGUUGAUGACUUGAUUGACAAAUUGAAACAAGAGCUGGCUGAGUUUGAGAGGCGGCAAGGUUUAGAGCAAGCCAGGCAAGCACAGCAUUUAGCAGAGAGGUUGGAAAGAAGAAGGCAGUUAGUGGAAUUCCGUCGUCUUCAGGAGCAGCAAAGUAAGGACAAAGUAACAGCGGAGGUGAAAGCGUUUGAGGAGCCUCUUGAUAAACUAGUAGAAGAUGGUAAACUAAUUGAUAGACAGAAGAAAGAAGUACUGGAUGAGCAUCAAAGAAAUCUGCAGAACUUGCAGAAACAGCAUGAUUUAGAUUCCAUGCGUCUCCAAGUUGACCUUGCUGAAAAACUGAGAAAGCGACGUGAACAGAGAAUGAAUAAACUGGCUGAUAAACACAUGAAAGAGAAGGCCAGCUUUUUACAGAAGUCAGAGAAGAGUACAAAUUCUGCGGACUUCAGUGCAAAUUUUCAAAGUUUGCUGCAACAACAACAACAGGAAGUGGAGGCCACACAGAUGGAAAUAGACCAGACAGAAAUACAGGAACUAGAUAGGCUCACACAGGACCUUGAGGAACAAAAGGAAAAGUCAGUACAAGAGAUGUCAGAUAAGAUGGUUCAGUCUGUAUCACAGAUGGGUCAACUCCCGGAGAGUGAUGUCAAACGUAUCAUAAAACUUCAUAAUUUACGCAUGGAUGCUUUCGAUCAGCGUCGCCGUGAUGAGCUCGAAAGAACCCGGGCAAGACUUCAGCAGAAAAUGCAAGAAAGAAUGAAGAAAGUGGAAGAAGACAGGAAACAAGAUGAUGCCCAGCGUGAAGCCAUCUUGGAUCAACAAGACAAGACUGUGAAACGUGUUCUCAACAGCAAUAUUGACCUUUCAGAAGAAGCUAAAGAGAAGAUAUUGAAAGAGCAUGAGAGAAACAUGGUGGCAUUAAAUAACCAGCUGUCUAGGAGUAAGGCCAAACAACAAAUGAGCUUGGAACAUAAGCUUAGUCAGAGAAAGGCUCGUCUUGCGGAAAUACAAGCUCAACAAGCCGCGAUCCUCGCAGACAGGAAAAAUGCAUCGGAGAAGGAAAUACAAAAACUGCAAGAUGCUUUGGACCAGGAAAUGGCACUUUUUGAAAAGGAAAGGCGGGAAGCUGAAGCAAAUCUAAGAAAACGAUUGGCUGCUGAAACAGAGGCUGCUCUCACUCAGCAGGAAAAGGAACUGGCUGUGUUAAUGGGAAGAUUAGAGGUUGGUACAGCCAGACGACAAGCAGUUCUUCAGAAACAGGACCAGACUUUGAAAGAAUUACAGGCAGCAAAAGAGAAACAGGCUCAACUCGAGAGUAAGAUAGAGGAUGGAAGAUUGUCGGCCAACAAAGCGGACCAGAUUAUACAGCAACACUACAACCAGGUGGAACAUGUUAAUGAUAAAAUACAGAUGAACAGGGAGAGGCAAGAACAGAUGAUUAAUGAGAAGAUACAAGCCAAAAAAUUUGCCAAACAAAGGGAGAUUGAAGAUGAGCUGAAUAGGGAGAAACAAGAGAUGAUGAUGACAAGGAAACAAGCUGGAGCUGGCAUGGCAAGUGCUAUCCUGAACAAAGCAUUGAUGGAUCAGCGGCACAGGAAAGCCAUGGAAGAGCUGGAGAAAGAGAUGCAAGUGGAAUUGGAGAAGAAUCGUGAACAGCUCAAUGCCGAACUGCAGAAAUCUCUCGAGAAAGAACUUGAGGCUCAUAAGGGAGAAUUCCUGAACCAGCUUGCAGCAGCCAGUAAAAUUGCUCCAUCCGAUUUGAACGAGAUAAGCGGAGGUGGCAGACGGUCAUCAGGCAGUCGUUUUACAAGAGAUUCCACUCCCGAGUACGGUAAAACCAAGUCAACAUUGGGUGCAAUGGAGGAAGAUUCUGAUGAAGACACAAGACAAUCAUAUAACCGACCUCAUUCAGCCAUGACAUCAUCAUCGAAGCCUCAUCAUGUUGGCGGAGGAAAGAAGAAAAAGAAACAUAUCUUCGGCCCUCAACCUCCACGCCCCGCCUUUAGUACCUCCACUGGUGAACAAAUUCACAGUGCAUGGGACUUGGACGAUGAAUUAUUGUAGCAUAGAUUUUUAAUUUAAAAAAUUUGUUUUUAUUAAUAUUUAGAAUAAAACUUUUCGGAAAAUGGAGUAAAUGUAAGCAUCUUGUGACAAAGAUUAACAGACAACAGUUUUAUAUAGCAACAAUAAGCAUUUGUAUGACCAGGAUCAACAAGCAACAGCUUUAAAGUAUAAAAAUAAGCAUCUUUGUGACCAAGAUCAACAAAGAACUGUUUCAAACGGCAAAAGCAAGCAUCAAUUUGAGCGGGGGCAACAAACAGCAGACGUUUACAGCAAAUACAAGCAUUAAUGUGACCUUGAUCAAUAAAUAGCAGCUUUCAAGAGCAUAAUGACCCAGAUCAACAAAUUCAAAAGUGCAAUAAAUUUAAAAGAAAGAAGUGAUCAUUAAUUUGAUGACCAAGAUCAACAAAACAACGAUUUUAAGGAGCAAAAAUAUUUUUAAGCAUCAAUUAGUGAACUAGGAUUGACAAUUUUCUUCCCAAUUAGUGAACAGGUGUUUAUUGUGACACUAUGAUACAAUAAUGUUUUGAAUACUUAAAAAGUGCUCAGUAUAAUUGUUUCAAUCAUUUUGCCUUUUGAAGAGUUAGAUACAUGUUUUUAUCACAUACCUGUGCCGGUUUUUGCAGCUUGUAAAAAGAGUAUUGCAUGACAGUGCAUAUAUUUUGACGUGACGUCAUUUGCGUAAUAUAAACAUAGCAUAAGGAUGCGCUGAAUGCUAGCGUUUCACUAUAGGCGUCAGUGAAAAAUGAUUCUUUUUUACCAUAAACAGUUCUCAUUUUGGAUAUUUGAUAAAUGGAAUAUUAUAUUCGUAUAGCUCCAUUACUAAAUUUAUUGAACUGGUUGAAUAAAAUAUUAUUUUUCUCUCCAGAGGCUUGCAUAAUAUUAUAU